AUGUUUCCCUUCGUAGUUGACCAUCGCUCAACCUUCGAGCCCUCGCUCGCCAUCUACCACGCCUCCCGCAAAGCUUUCAAGUCCUCCUCCCGCGGCCAGAACGUCGACGACGACACUCCACCAGCAUACACGCCUCGCAAAGCAACCUCCUCAUCCAUCUCCUCGACCUCAUCAACCUCCUCCUCAGAAAGCAAGCGCAGCAGACUCUCGCGUCUCAACCCCUUCUCGCGCCUUCGCGGCACCAACACGUCGACCACACCAUCAGAUAACCUCUCACCAACGACAACAACCACUUCCUCCGCCGCCUCGUCCCAACACGCAACACGGAGGCCUCGAAAGUCCACUCGCGUGCACUUUGAAGACUCCGACGACGCAGGCUACGCCUCCGACGGCUCUUCUUCAUCCCGGGACGACUCACCACCUCCAUUCGCCUACACCGCCGAGCUGGACACCAAACCUGCUCAGAAGGGCCGUCGACGCGCACCUACCACCAUCGACGAGGAAGACGAGUCGUGGGCUUGGGCCGAGGGCCGCACACCGGGCCAGCACUUGGGGUACCCGAGAGCAGUGGACGAUAACAGUGAGCAUGACCCCUCGAUCUUCCCGCCUUAUCCUCUUGUGCUGUGGGCUUGUUUCUGA